GCACGGAGCCUACUGAACGCUGAGCCUCGUCUUCUUCUCAUCUCAGAUCACCAGUGCAAGUGAAUUCAGCUCCACUCACAUACAGCCAGCCAGCACGGAGUCUCUCUGAGAGUGUGUGUGUGUGUGUGUGUGUGUGUGUGUGUGUGUGUGUGUGUGUGUGUGUGUUUGCUGGCAUGGCGUUUACUUUGUCAGAAAUUAUGGCUGCACGACGGCAACAGCAGUCUCAAAGAGGAACGAGAGGAGCGGUGGAGGUGGACGAGUACAGCGCAAACCCCACUCAGGCCUUCACCUUCUACAACAUUAACCAGGGACGCUUCCAGCCACCCCACGUCCAUAUGGUUGACCCGUUACCCCAUGACACCCCUAAGCCACCAGGCUACACUCGCUUUGUGUGUAUCUCGGACACACACUCGCGCACGGACACUAUUCAGAUGCCGUACGGUGAUGUGUUACUGCACGCAGGAGACUUCACUGAGCUUGGCUUGCCCAGCGAGGUCAAGAAAUUCAACGACUGGCUCGGCACCUUACCAUAUGAGAUAAAGAUUGUGAUCGCAGGAAACCAUGAGCUGACGUUCGAUCAGGAGUUCAUGGCUGAUCUGAUCAAGCAGGACUUCUACUACUUCCCCUCCGCCUCCAAGCUGAAGCCUGAGAACUAUGAGAACGUGCAGUCGCUGCUCACCAACUGCAUCUACCUGCAGGACUCGGAUGUUACCGUUAGAGGGUUCCGCAUCUACGGCUCACCGUGGCAGCCGUGGUACUACGGCUGGGGUUUUAAUCUCCCCCGAGGGCAAGCACUGCUGGACAAGUGGAACCAGAUCCCUGACUCCACUGACAUCCUGCUCACACACUGCCCUCCUCUGGGUUUUCUCGACUGGGUGCCGAGGAAGAUGCAGCGUGUUGGCUGCAUGGAGCUGCUGAACACAGUGCAGAGACGAGUCCAACCCAAAUUACACGUCUUUGGACACAUACAUGAAGGUUACGGAAUGAUGACGGAUGGAACCACGACAUUUAUUAACGCCUCCGCCUGCACAGUCAACUUCCAGCCCAUGAACCCACCCAUCGUGUUUGAUCUGCCCAAUCCCAGGAGCUCAUGA